CGACCACAGCUUAGGGAGGUCAUUUAAUUAGUGUAAACGAAGUGUAAGGGGAUGUCAAAAAAUCCCAAGUCUGUGUUUUUUUCUUCCUUCAAGUUCCAAUUCUGAUAAACCUACCCGUUCCUUUCAUUUCAUCUCACUCAGUAAAAUCAUGUCAUCUCUCUCCACUUUCUCCAUCUUCAACUCCAUGGAAGCUUCAAAAGGGGGAGGAGCUUCAAGAAUUUCCACUCCAAACCCAGAAACUAUCAAGAAAAGACUCUUACGAAAGGGUGUUUACCCCACUCCUAAAAUCAUCCACACACUUCGAAAGAAAGAAAUGCUGAAAUAUAUCCGCAAGUCUAAACGUGUAGUUGAUAAAACCCUAGAUAAACCCUUAUCUGAAUCUGAUAAACAAAUUAUGGACGAAGAAGCUCAGUUUCAAACUAUUAGCCGUGAAUAUAAAAUGGUAACGAAGGAGUUUAAAGGUAAAGAGAGUUAUAAAGAUGGGGUUUUGAUGGUUGGGCAGCCAUGGGAGAGGUUAGAGAGAAAUGGGUUUAGAGAACUUUCUAGUGUUAGUAAAGAAUAUGGUGGGAAGAAACUUAAAGGUGAACAUUUGAAGGAAUUGGGUGAAAUUCUUGUAAAGAGAAACAGUGAAGAUAGUAACUGGCUUUUGGAUGAUGACAUUGAACUAGGGGAUGGGAAUUUGAUGGAAACUGAAGCAAAUAAAGGUUUUUCGGUUAAACGUUCUGUGGGGGAUCCGGAGAAAAUUAGUUAUCUUGUUGACAGGUUAAUUGCUACAGACUUUAGCAUUAGAGACUGGAAAUUUGGUAGGUUGAUGAAACUAUCAGGGUUACAUUUUACUGAAGGCCAUUUGCUCAAAAUUGUUGAAGGAUUGGGGGUUCAUGGAAACUGGAGAAUUGCAUUAUCCGUCGUAGAAUGGGUUUACAACAACAAUGAUUACAAACACCAAAAAAGCAGAUUUGUGUAUACAAAACUACUAUCAGUUCUUGGGAAAGCAAGGAGGCCCAACGAAGCACUUCAAGUUUUUAACCUGAUGCGAGAAGACUGUCAUCUAUAUCCAGACAUGCCUGCAUAUAGGAGCAUUGCUGUUACCCUUGGUCAAGCUGGUUAUGUGAAAGAAUUGACAAACAUUAUUGAGUGCAUGAGGCAUAAGCCUCUCAAAAAAAUAAAGAAUAUGCGCCGCAAGAACUGGGAUCCAUCUCUUGAACCUGACAUAGUUGUAUACAAUGCUGUACUAAAUGCUUGUGUCCCAUCCCAGCAAUGGAAAGCAGUGUCGUGGGUUCUGCAGCAAAUGAGGAAAGGCAGUUUGAAACCUGAUGGCGCAACUUAUGGACUUGCAAUGGAGGUAAUGCUGAAAUCAGGGAAGUAUGAUCUGGUCCACGACCUAUUUGGGAGAAUGAGAAGAAAUGGGGCAGCUCCAAAAGCUAUCACAUAUAAAGUUCUAGUAAAAGCCUUUUGGGAGGAAGGUAAAGUGAAUGAAGCUGUCAAAGUUGUCAGGGAUAUGGAACUACGAGGAGUGGUUGGAUCUAUGAGCGUGUAUUAUGAACUAGCCUGCUGCCUUUGCAAUAGUGGUAGAUGGCAAGAAGCUAUGCUAGAGAUUGAGAAGAUGAAAAAGCUUACUCUUACCAAACCUUUGGAGGUAGCCUUCACUGGUAUGAUAUUGUCUUGUCUGGAUGGAGGGCAUGUGGAUGAUUGCAUAUCUAUCUUUAAGCAAAUGAAGAACCACUGUGCCCCAAACAUAGGGACAAUUAACGCUAUGUUGAAAGUCUAUCGUCAUAGUGAUAUGUUUCUAAAAGCGAAGGAGCUGUUUGAAGACACAAAGAGGAGAGGUUCGGUUAAUGAUGCCAACAGCAAUGGUGGCCGUUCCUACCUUGCCCUGGACGUAUACACAUACAGCUCAAUGCUUGAGGCCUCUGCUAGUGCUCAUCAAUGGGAAUAUUUUGAGUAUGUGUACAAGGAGAUGCAUCUCUGUGGGUUCCAGCUAGAUCAGAACAAACAUGCUUGGCUACUUGUCCAAGCAUCCAUAGCUGGGAAGUGGCACUUGCUGGAGCAUGCAUUCGACACCAUUUUGGAAGCUGGAGAGAUUCCUCUUCCUUCUCUCUUCACUGAGAUGGUAUGCCAAACUUCAGUUCAGCAUAACUAUGAAAGAGCUGUUACGCUUGUAAACAGCAUGGCUCAUGCACCUUUCCAAGUCAGUGAAAAUCAGUGGACUGACCUUUUCAGAAGGAAUUCAGAGCGAAUCAGUGAGGGUGUAUUGCAGAAGCUGUUGGAUACUCUUCAGAGUAGUGAAGUAGUACAGGAAGCCACCGUCUCAAAUUUUUCGAAGUCAUUAAUAUCCCUAUGUGAAUCAAGUGCCUCAAAAGACUCGACAGGUCUCACAGGUUCUAGUGAUGGUGCCUUUGACAAGUCACCCAUUGUUGACAGGGAUGAACAUUCCAUAAAUGGGCAAGAUGGAGACCCUGAUUUAUAUGAGAAUCCUCAGAUGGGCAUAACGUCUAAUUCGUUGUUUGACUCAGCACCAGGCAUUCAGGACUGCGAUGACAACGAAAGUAUUGAGGUAACACUAGACUUGCUAACAUGUGAUUCUAAUAAACUUGAUAAAUCUGGGCCACCCCCUGCAUCUGAGAUACUUGGAACAUGGAAAGAUCGUCGUAACAAAGAAGGAAUCUUCUUGCCAUUUAACCUUCAACCCAAGUAGCCUCAAUUGAUUGAACCCACUGAUGUUUUGGAGUUCUAUAGUUAGCGAAUUCCCCCAUGUUUACUCUCGUGUAUUAUCUCAAACAGCGCUGUUAUCUGUAAUAUAUUUGUAUAUAAAGUUGGUAAUUUAUGUGAUAAAAGUGUGCAGUUGAUUUUAA